AUGGGUAAUCCUGGGCAGCGUUUGUGUGUGAGAGUGCAAGAGGAGCUCAGUAUAUCCACUCCUUGUCCUCCUCCUCUUCCUCCUCCUCCUCCUCCGUCUCCUCCUCCUCCCUCAAGCACACCCCGUCUCCCAGGCCACAGCAUAGCAACCGAACAUGGCGGCUGCGCAGACGCCGCCACUCAGCGGCCCGGAGCGGCGGCGGCCGCAACUGGAGGCGAUCUCGCGAGAGGCGAGGCCGAAAUCCUCCCAGCUAGCGCCGGCCGAAGAGGUUGCACCAGAGCCGGCGCGGGGGGGACACGCAGGUGCGAUGGGGGCCGGACCUGGCCUGCCCUUGGCUGUACUUUGGGAAAGUAA